AUGUCGCUGUUUCUCAAGGACGAUUCGAUUCAAAUCCGCGAGGUAUGGAACGACAAUCUGGAAUCGGAAAUGAAUCUGAUCCGAGAAGUCGUCGACGAUUUCCCUUUCGUCGCCAUGGACACAGAGUUCCCCGGAAUCGUCUGCAGACCCGUCGGAAGCUUCAAGACCAACACCGAGUACCACUACGAAACCCUAAGAACAAACGUCAACCUCCUCAAGAUGAUCCAGCUCGGACUCACCUUCUCCGACGAGAAAGGAAACCUCCCGACUUGCGGAUCCGAUAAGAAAUACUGCAUCUGGCAAUUCAAUUUCCGCGAGUUCGAUCUCAACUCCGACAUCUACGCCCACGACUCCAUCGAGCUUCUCCGCCAAUCGGGAAUCGAUUUCGCCAGAAACCGCCAAUUCGGAAUCGAUUCGAACCGGUUCGCGGAGAUGCUGAUGUCAUCGGGGAUCGUGCUGAACGAGAGCGUCCACUGGGUUACGUUCCACAGCGGAUACGAUUUCGGUUACUUGCUGAAGCUGCUGACGUGUCAGAAUCUGCCGGAGACGCAAACGGGAUUCUUCGAGAUGAUCGGCGUUUAUUUCCCGAUGGUUUACGAUAUUAAGCACCUGAUGAAGUUCUGUAACAGCCUCCAUGGAGGUCUGAACAAGUUGGCGGAGCUGCUUGACGUGGAGCGAGUCGGGAUCUGUCACCAGGCAGGAUCGGAUAGCUUGUUAACGUCGUGUACAUUCAGGAAGCUGCAGGAGAGUUUCUUCAUCGGCUCAAUGGAGAAGUAUUCUGGGGUUUUGUAUGGUUUAGGUGUUGAAAAUGGUCAGAUUGUUCACUGA